AUGACUGAACCCAGAAACAAUAAAAGGGCUCGCUAUGAUGAGGACGUCAACGGCGAUGAUGUCCGCUUGAAUUCCGCGGCUGAAGGCUUCUUUGAAGCCCUGUCCGAGGCUGGAGUUACGCAUUGUUUUGUCAAUCUGGGGAGUGACCAUCCUGCCAUGCUCGAGGCUAUGAUCAAAGCGAAACAAGAAAACUCAACCACGUUUCCCAACAUCAUCACCUGCCCUUCAGAAUUGGUCGCGCUCUCGGCUGCACUGGGUUAUGCCCAGGUCACUGGAAUUCCCCAAUGCGUGCUUGUUCAUGUUGACUGCGGUACCUUGGCAUUGGGCCAGUCUAUCCAUAAUGCAUCGGUCGGUCGAGUGCCGGUUCUGUGCUUUGCUGGACUCAGCCCUUUCACCCAAAGAGGUGAACUUACGGGCUCAAGAACAGAGUUUAUCCAUUGGUUGCAAGAUGUGCCUGAUCAGGCGGCAAUUCUCCGCCAAUAUUGCCGGUAUUCCGGGGAAAUCAAGACAGGGCGCAACAUCAAGGAGAUGGUCAACAGAGCCUUGCAAUUUUCCAUGUCUGAUCCUAAGGGCCCAACGUAUCUUAUGGCUGCGAGAGAGGUGCUGGAAGAGAAAGUGGACCGGAAGUUCCUCGAAGAAGAAACACUGACGCCUAUCACGCCUAGUUCCCUACCCGAGCCAGAGGUUGAGUUGAUUGCGAAAACCCUAAUGAGCGCAAAGCGACCUCUUGUUAUCACCGGUUAUCUGGGCCGAAACCGUAACGCGCCUCCUCUGUUGGAAGAGCUCUGCGACAAGCUGCCUAUCGGUGUCGUCGAGAUGGUUGGGUCUGACUUUUGCAUCAGAAGCGACCAUGAAGCCUAUCUAGGCGUGACUGUUACUACACACCCUGCAGUUCUAGAAGCCGAUGUAAUCCUGAUCUUGGAUUGUGAUGUGCCAUGGAUUCCCACUGCAGGCAAACCUCAAAAAGGAACCAAAAUAUUCCAUCUCGAUGUUGAUCCGCUCAAGCAGCAAAUGCCAUUGUUCUCGAUCAACGCUAUACGCAGGAUCAAAGUCAGCUGCGAGCUUGCCCUUAAGCAGCUCAACACCUUCUUGGAUCAGCAAGCCCUGAACAGAGCGGACUAUGCUGUCCAGUUCGAGGCUCGCGCCACUCGUUACGCUACAUGGCGGGAGGAGCUUCGCAGCUUGCAGUCCCCACCUGAAGAUGGUGUGAUUAGCGUCCCGUAUCUUACAUCUCGUCUGCGACAGCACGUUCCCCAAGACACGACCUUUGUCAUGGAGGCUGUCACCAAUGCUGGAUUAUUGAUUCAUCACCUGAACUUGGUCAUGCCUGGAAGCCUCGUUGGCAGUGGUGCGGGUGGUCUCGGUUGGGGUGGUGGUGCCACUCUAGGAGUGAAAUUAGCACAGCCAAAUUCUUUUGUUUGCGGAAUAGUCGGAGACGGAACAUACCUUUUCUCGCAGAUGGAAAGCGUCUAUUGGAUCGCCCGCCGCUAUGAUGUUCCAUUCCUGAUGAUUGUCUUGAACAACGGAGGCUGGAACGCGCCUAAAGUGUCUGCCCUUCUAGUCCAUAAGGAUGGACUGGCGUCAAAGUCCAAUAGGAAAGAUCUAAACAUCUCCUUCGAGCCAUCCCCUGACUAUCCAGGGAUUGCUGCGGCUGCUGGUAACGCCUGGGGUGCUACAGUGAAGGUGCAAAGCGAAUUGGAUCAAGCCUUGCAAGAGGGAACUAGAAUUGUUCAAGAGGGCAGAUGUGCUGUCAUUGAGGUUGCUGUGCCUUCGAUGUGGAAGGAGACUUGA